AUGACCCUCUUUAUAUUUUCUUUGUUUCUUAGUUAUAGCGGGCGACCAGUCUUGAAAGAACUGGGAGAAGUCAAUAAAGAUGUCGCCAAUGAGAUUCUCACCGCGCUCGGUCGAUUGCAUCAGCAUCGAGUUCUCCACUGCGAUGCGGAGCCACGCAAUGUGCUCUACGAUAAACGCAUGGUUAGAUGUAUGAUCGUGGACUUGAUGCUGGCGGAGUUCCAUGCCCGGCAACCUCUCGGGCCCAUCAACAUCAAUGGUCGAAGUCGGAAAAGGAAAUGGGCGCCAAAUAAGCAUGAGAAGGACGUUUUUGCUGUCGAGGCGCAAUCUUUGCGGGCGAGUUUGUCAUAA